CGCGGGGGAGAGGGUGUGGAGAGAUGUUAAACGGCCUUGAGAAGAUUUGUGUGAGGUAGUCGCUAGGUGCGCUGGAUUUUCUCCGGUGGGAUCUCGUGAUCGUAUCGCGGAUGGAAAACAGAUAGGUCACCAUGCCAUCUGUGUCAUCCAAGUUCCUGGCGCCACUGGCGCAGCGCACCGGUCUGCGUGAGUCGAGUCUCGCGCGCCUCGCCACCAUCCUGGUGUUCACCCUCUACUUCUGCAAGGUGGGCCGCCGGCCGGCCGGCCGUCUGCUGGCGCUGCUGCGGCGCUGGCUGGGCGCCUACCGGCGGCCGGGCCGCGGCGCGGAGGCAGACCCGGCGCGGCCGGCGCACCCUCCCGCCAAGUCGGCCAGCGUCAACAUGGAGUUCGCCAGCCAGCUGCUGCGGCUGCUGCGCAUCAUGGUGCCGGGCGUGCUGAGCCGCGAGAGUGCGCUGCUGCUGCUUCACACGUGCACACUGGUGGCGCGCACGUUCCUCUCCGUGUACGUGGCGACGCUGGAGGCCCGCAUGAUCAAGUACAUCGUGCGCAAGGACAUCGUCAACUUCACGCGCAUGAUCCUGCGGUGGCUGUGCGUGGCGCUGCCGGCCACCUACACCAACUCGAUGAUCCGCUACCUGGAGAGCAAGCUGGCGCUGGCCUUCCGCAGCCCUGUCAAGUACGCGUACGCCAAGUACUUCGCCAACCAGACGUACUACCGCGUGUCGAACCUGGACGGCCGGCUGGAAAACGCCGACCAUUGCCUGACGGACGACGUGACGGCCUUCACCAGCUCGGUGGCGCACCUCUACUCGCACCUCACCAAGCCGCUGCUGGACAUCGUCAUCAUCGUGACGGCGCUCGGCAAGCUGGCGCGCAGCCGGGGCGGCGCCAACGUACCCGGGAUGGUGCUGGCCGGCCUGGUGAUCGGCCUGACGGGUCAGAUACUGCGCCUGCUCUCGCCGCCCUUCGGGAAGCUGGUGGCCGAGGAGGCCAACCGUAAGGGCUACCUGCGCUACAUCCACUCCCGCGUCAUCAGCAAUGCCGAGGAGAUCGCCUUCUACGGCGGCCAUCAGGUGGAAAUGGACAUCCUCCAGGGGGCGUACCGCUCGCUCAUGCGGCAGAUGAACAUCAUCUUCCGCAACAAGCUGUGGUACGUGAUGGUGGAGCAGUUCCUGAUGAAGUACGUCUGGUCCGGGUGUGGCAUGGUCAUCAUCUCGCUGCCGCUGCUGCUGGGCAACAAGAAGACAGACGAGCUGGAGACGGACGGCGGCGUGGGAGAGCGCACACAGUACGUCUCCACGGCCAAGAACAUGCUGCAGUCGGGUGCCGACGCCGUCGAGCGGCUGAUGACGUCAUACAAGGAGGUGGUCGAGCUGGCCGGCUACACGCACCGCGUCGGCUCCAUGCUGACCGUGUUCGAGGAGGCGGGCUCGGGCCAGUACCGGCGCACCGUGGCCACCGGCGGCGGAGCUCGAGCCCUGCACGGCAUCGCCAUGGAGCACGGCAUGCCCGUCAUCCGAGGGCGCGUGCGGGAGUCGGCCGAGGGCACCAUCAUCCUGCGGGAUGUGCCGAUCGUCACGCCCAACUGUGACGUAGUGGUGCCCUCGCUGACCGUCACCAUCACCCGUGACACCCACCUGCUCAUCAGCGGUCCGAACGGCUGCGGCAAGAGCAGCCUGUUUCGCAUCCUCAGCGGCCUGUGGCCCGUGUACCGGGGCGAACUCCAGAAGCCCACCACAGAUAACAUGUUCUACAUACCGCAACGGCCGUACAUGUCGAUCGGCUCGCUGCGGGACCAGGUCAUCUACCCGGACAGCGUGGCCGUGAUGCGGUCGCGCGGCUUCUCCGACACCGAGCUGGCCGCCAUCCUGUCUGUGGUGCACCUGAGCUACCUGCUGGAGCGCGAGGGCGGCUGGGACGCGCUCGGCGACUGGAAGGACAUCCUCUCGGGCGGCGAGAAGCAGCGCAUGGGCAUGGCGCGACUCUUCUACCACCGCCCCCAGUACGCCUGCUCGACGAGGUGCACUAGCGCUGUCAGCAUCGACGUCGAGGGCAAGAUGUUCCAGGUCGGCAAGGACGCCGACAUCACCCUGCUGACCGUCACCCACCGGCCCUCCCUCUGGCCGUACCACUCGCACCUGCUGCAGUUCGACGGCGAGGGCGGCUGGCGGUUCGAGGAGCUCAACACCGAGACGCGGCUCUCGCUUAAGGACGAGAAACAGUCGCUGGAGCAGCAGCUCAGCGGCGUGCCCAAGAUGCAGGAGCGGCUGCAGGAGCUGUGUAACCUGCUGGGCGAGGACUCGGCGGUGCUGGGCGCCGCCUCCACCGACUUCCUGUCGUCGGAGGGCUCCGAGUCCCGCGCCAGGAAAGAGUCGGAGGGCUCGUCGGAGGAGGGCGGCCGGUAGUGGGGAGGUGUCGCCCCUCGGCCGCGCGCACUAGCGGGUGGCGCGCCGGAUGACGCAGCGCGGACGCCGAGACACCCGGUUGUGCCCGGCACCGGGGCAGACGACUGUUCAGUUUGAGGAUGGUUACUCUGUUGUGAUUUUAGUCAGAUUAGACCGGUCAAGAUCAUGCGGGUCGGGACGGAUCGCUUUUAUGGUCGGAACGGAUCGGAUGCCAGGGUGAAAACGUAGAGGCUUCCUUGUGAUUAUGGAAAGUUUUUAUUAGCUUUAUCACGGAACCAUGUGUGCUUGAGUGUCCACGCACGUUGUUCUAUUCCACUAUCCAACAAUGUAUCGGCGCGCCCGGAAUCAGUGGGCGUCGGGGCUUCCGACGGCUAGAGAACCGAAGGGACCAGGUGACGCAGGGCGAGGGUGCCGAGCCGGCAGC